AUGCGGAUCCUCACAUAUGGAAUAGCAGCUGAUGGUGUUGAUGAGUACAUUCGGUCCGCUGAGGCUACUAAUUUAGAGUCUUGCAAGAAAUUUGUAAUCAAAGUUUGUGAAGUUUUUGGGGAAGAGUACCUGAGAUCUCCAAAUGAAGAAGACAUCGCUAGGUUACUUGCAAUAGGGGAGGAAAGAGGAUUUCCCGGUAUGUUAGGGAGCAUAGAUUGCAUGCACUGGGGGUGGAAAAAUUGCCCCAAAAAAUGGCAUGGCAUGUUUAGAGGCCAUGUGAACGAGCCCACUAUGAUCUUGGAAGCAGUUGCUUCACAAGAUCUUUGGAUUUGGCAUGCUUAUUUUGGUUUACCAGGGUCUCUGAAUGAUAUAAAUGUUCUUCAACGUUCUCCUGUUUUUACAAAGCUAGCCGAAGGCCACACUCCUCCAGUGAAUUAUAGCAUCAAUGGCCGUCAGUACACAAUGGGGUAUUAUCUUGCAGAUGGUAUCUAUCCACGGUGGGCAACAUUUGUGAAGAGCAUACCAGCUCCAACUAGCAGAAAGCAUAAAACUUUUGCCAAGAAGCAAGAGGGGGCUAGGAAAGAUGUGGAACGAGCCUUUGGAGUUCUGCAAUCCCGUUUUGCCAUUGUUCGUGGACCUGCUAAAGGAUGGAAACGUAAAGAAAUCAGUGAUGUAAUGAAAGCUUGUGUCAUAAUGCACAAUAUGAUAGUAGAAGAGGAGCGACAAACUGGUCGACAAAGUUGCACUUUUGACGCAAUGGGAGAAAGAGUCACAGUCUCUCGUACUCAUGCAGAAGAACUGAGCUCGUUUAUUCAGAUGACUCAACGGAUUAGAAAUUUCAAUGAACAUGAUCAGCUUAAACUUGAUCUAAUUGACCAUGUGUGGCAAAAGUUUGGAAACGAGUGAUGUCCUAGUUAUAAGUUUGUAAUCCAUGUCUUUGUAAUGCAGCUAUCAAUAAAGUUGAGUGAUGUAAUCCAUGUCUUCAACUAGCAGAAAGCAGUAAAUUGUUCUUACAACAACUAGUAGAAAGCAGUAAAUUGUUCUUACAACAACUAGUAGAAAGCAGUAAAUUACUCUAGGCCGCGAGCAAGGAUCUCCUUCUGCUUAGCUUGGUAGAACUGCUUUUGCGCAUCAGUCAUACCACUAGUGUCCAUGAGCAUGACCCUCUCAUCUAAUUCAAACUGUCUUCGUGCAUCCUCCCUCUCGUUUCGUGCAUUCUACUCUGAAAUUCUAGCCCAAUAAGUAUCUCGGUUUUGAUCUGUCCCAACAAUAUCCAAACUUGUAUUUGCCCAUGCUGCUAUGAGAACCUUGUCCUCAUCACUAGACCAAUUUUUUCCUUUGUGGGAUUUUCCUUUCUCUG